UGCAAACUGAGCUAGUUAUAAAGUGUCCUUAACAGAGCUUUGGUGAGUAGAAAGGCGAGUGCACAGCAACCUUGUACGGAACCAAAGGAGAGCUACAAACAUUGCUAUGUAAUGUGUCAUUUUGAUUUGUACAUAUUUUAACAAAGAUAAUUUGAAUGGUGAUUUUAUGAAUAGCAGUUUUUAUUUUAUGUAGUUAAUUCUUAUAUAAUCAAAUUAUUAUGCAGGGGUUAAACACAGUUACAUUUCAACACUUUAAAGGUCUUAAUUAGGGACUUCUAAUCAUAUUUCUAUAUUGCAGAAAUUGUUGUGGACAAUAAAAUAUUGAAACAUUUUCAUCAAGUUCAUAAAAAUGAUAAGUCACACACAGUCAUCUGCUUUAUUGUUUGAUUUAAGAUCAUCUUUCAACCUUUGGAAGGAGACUUUUGAUGGGUCACAUGAGAUGCAACCUGACCGUGCAUUCAUUUACCGAACAUGUGAUUCCAUAACUUAUAAAAAGGAAGGUGAAGUUAUUUUCUUCAGUAAGAAAAGGAAAUUUCCAGAAGAAAGUCCAUUAAAACCUCAACUCAGGUAAACAUUAAAUGAUAUUCUGAGAUAUUCUUGGUUUUUGGUUUUAAGGGGUAAUUAAGAAUUCAAUUUAUGUUUUCAAUGAUACUUGGUGUUUAGCAGGUUUUUGUAUUUGACUUGAUGUCAAUUAGAAACAAGUUCAACGUUGUCUAUGCCAGACUUGAUACGGGUUCUUGUACCAGCAAUUAUACUUUCAAUUCAUCAGAUAUUAUUCUGUCGUAAAUGAAAGAUGUUGAUUUGAGAAAAUAACAGCUGAUAUUCUUGCAAGCAAAAAAUAUAACAAGCCCCUCCUUUUGAAUUGGUUUUAACUAUGACUUGCAAAGUAUAAAGUUACACGCUAACAAAUAAAUAAAUUACCUGUAACUAUAUUGUGUCCUCUGUACGUCAAAUUCUGCAACAUGAACUACAACACAAAGGUCACUCUGCAUAAAAAGGACACUCCCGAGCGUCGCCCCCUGGUGGACGUAUCUCAGUCCAGGUGCUUCUGUCCGAUUCGACUGCCGUGUGCUUUUCCUCAGGAUGCAUCCACCGGCUCUCCUGUGUGCGCUUGUGACGCUCUCCGUCGCCCGGGCUCGGCCUCACCUCCCCGACGAGAUGGUCGAGCUCGUCAACGGGGCCGACACCACCUGGACGGCCGGCCUGAACUUCCACAACGUCGACGUCGGCCACGUGAAGGGACUGUGUGGGACGUUACUGAACGGGCCGAAGCUGCCAGAGGUGGUGCACAGUACCGAAGGCAUGAAGCUCCCGGACAGCUUCGACGCGCGCCAGCAGUGGCCCGACUGUCCCACCGUCCGGCAGAUCAGAGACCAGGGAUCGUGCGGCUCCUGCUGGGCCUUCGGGGCUGUGGAGGCGAUGUCGGACAGGCUGUGCAUCCACAGCGGCGGUAAGAUCUCUUUGGAGAUCUCUGCUGAAGACCUGCUGUCCUGCUGCGAAGAAUGUGGCAUGGGCUGUUUGGGCGGUUAUCCGGCUGCUGCUUGGGAGUUCUGGGCAAAGAGGGGCCUGGUGACGGGCGGCCUGUACGCCUCCGACGUUGGCUGCCGACCCUACAGCAUCGCUUCCUGCGAGCACCACGUGAACGGGACCCGUCCCCCCUGCCAGGGGGAGGUGGAGACUCCCAAGUGCAAAGAGCAGUGCGUCGAUGGACACUCGCCCUCCUAUCAGAAGGACAAGCACUUCGGCAGACGCUCGUACAGCGUCCCGUCCCAGGAGGAGCAGAUCAUGACCGAGCUGCUCAAGUACGGGCCCGUGGAGGCCGCCUUCUCCGUGUACGCAGACUUCCUGCUCUAUAAGACGGGUGUGUACCAGCACGUGACAGGUGAGAUGCUGGGAGGUCAUGCCAUUAAGAUCCUUGGCUGGGGGGAGGAGAACGGGACGCCUUACUGGUUGGCUGCAAACUCCUGGAACAGUGACUGGGGAGAUAAAGGUUUCUUCAAGAUCAAGCGUGGAAAUGAUGAGUGUGGUAUUGAGUCGGAGGUGGUUACGGGAAUUCCACUUAACUAAAAUAAACUAGUCGUGGCACUUAAGUAUUGCAUUUAAAAAAAGAAAUUAUUAUGAGAUUUCAUGUAAUAAACAGAGAAUAAAUGGACAGCUUUGUGUGCUUGCUUUGUUAUUGUUAAUAGAUUAAUCAAAAUGUUUAUGUCCAGUUUCUUUCUCAAAUGAGAGUGUUUCUAGAGCUUCACAAGGGAAUUUAAAAGGUCUGUAGGACAAGUUAGACUAUCUAAUAGGGUACAGCUGGGACUUCUUGUUUGAGGCUGAAUGUGAAGUUUUUAUGUGCAUGUAAAAGGGAUCAUCUGUUAUGGCCUGUGAGUUGUCAACAUGGCCAGUACACAAGAAGUGGACAUAAAUAGACUUAAAGAUUACGGAUUCUUUUUUCUAUCCUUACAAAGCUUGAACAUAUAGAAAAGAGCUCUCACUCUACUUCGAUUUCUAGGAAGGAAAAAGGCGGUAUUUUAUGUUCAAAGUCAAGAGCAAAUUUGAUUGUUUAACCAUAAUAUUGCCGUUCUGGCAAAAUGCAACAAGAUCCCAC